CAAGUUCAUGUGUUAAGGCGGUUAAGGCAUUCCUGCGACCAUGUUACAAACAAAUUUUUAGCCUCUAAAUGAAUGCCGUCUUUUGACAGCUAUGGCAAGAUAUUCCAGUGAAUCAGAUUCAGAUCACAGUAGUAGAUAUCGAAGAAGACGAAAUCGAAAAUCAAGAUCCAGCAGUUCAGAAAGUAGUGAGUCUUCGCCACAUCGACGAAGGUCAUCAAAACAUUCAAAAACAAAGCGUAGACAUCGUUCACAUUCAAGAAGCAGAGGAAGAGAUCGGAAUUCAAAAAAUUAUAAAGGCUCUAGAAGCAGUCAUUCGAGAGAACGAGAUAGAAGACGUUAUCGUUCCAGCACAGGUAGAUCACACUCUUCAGAUCGCACAAGAAGGAAAGCUAGAUCCACUUCCAGAGAGAAAUCACGAAGUCCUUCCAGCAGUUCACAAUCAAAUCAACUUAAAGUUACUGAAAAGAGCCAAAUUCUUGUGAAAGAUGAUUUUCCUAUCGAACCACGUUUUAAAGACGGUGUGCUCGAGGAAAUAAAUGCUGAAGGCUUCACUCCUAAACAAUUUACAUCGUCUGCAAACAAAGAAAGUAAAUUCAAGAAUAUCGUUAUAGACAUUACUUCCGACACUAUACAGAUUCCACCAGUACCUAAUGUUUCAAGUGGUUCAGAAAGUAUAUUUCAUACAUCGAUUAUGAUGGAUCAAGAGGCGAGGUUUGAUAAAUGGGUGAAAAAGCUCUAUACUCUUAGACAAAAAGCUAUAGCUGAUUUGAUACAUACAAAUGUUACUUGAACCAUACCAAUAUCAUAAUAUUUGUCAAUGAUAAUGACAUAAUUCUGUAUGAAAAUUUAUUUGACUUGUGCAGAAAUACGUGUAUAAAUACGUACACAUGUAUGGAUGAAUGCUUAUUAUGGGCAUCCACUAAUGAUCGCUGAACAAUUUUUUCUCCUAUUGUCUCCAAAUAUCUACUAAUAUAAACUGUACAAUGCAUUAAAUAUAUUAUUUUGACAUUUAACAGA